CGCCGUUGUGCGCCGCCGAUGGCGGGCCGGGUGGUGCCGAGAGCUGCGGGGGAGGUUCCGGCAGGAGCGGGAGCUUCCGGGAACGGCGGGGCGAAACGGGCCGAGCCGGUACUGGACCGGACCGGGCCGGGCCGGGCCCGGUUGGUUUCGAGGGUGAGGAUGAAGAAGGAGCAAGUGGUGCACUGUCAGUUCUCUGUGUGGUACCCGCUCUUCCGGGCCGUCACCAUCCGCAGUGUUAUACUUCCCCUACCAGAGAAUGUGAAAGAAUAUUUGUUGGAUGAUGGAACGCUUGUCGUUUCCGGAAGAGAAGAUCCACCAAGUCAUGCUCAGGAGGGGAGUGACGAUGCAGAAGAAAUACAGUGGUCGGAUGAUGAGAAUACUACAACACUUAAGGCACCAGAAUUUCCUGAGUUCACAGCUAAAGUUCAAGAAGCAAUAACUUCCUUGGGUGGUAGUGUUUUUCCUAAACUUAACUGGAGCGCUCCAAGGGAUGCCUACUGGAUAGCAAUGAACAGCUCUCUGAAAUGUAAAGCUCUUAGUGACAUCUUCCUCCUCUUUAAGAGUUCAGACUUCAUUACUCGUGACCUCACUCAGCCAUUUAUUCACUGUACUGAUGAUUCCCCUGAUCCUUCCUUGGACUAUGAGCUUGUUCUUCGCAAAUGGUGUGAACUAAUCCCUGGUGCAGAAUUCAGAUGCUUUGUCAAGGAAAACAAACUUAUAGGUAUAUCACAGAGGGACUACACUCAAUACUACGAUCAUAUCUCUAAGCAACAUGAGGAGAUCUGUAGAUCAAUACAGGAGUUUUUCGAGAAACACAUACAGUAUAAAUUCUUGGAUGAAGACUUUGUUUUUGAUGUGUACAGAGACAGCAGGGGUAAGAUUUGGUUAAUAGAUUUUAACCCAUUUGGUGAAGUAACAGAUUCCCUGCUAUUUACGUGGGAAGAACUGACCUCUGGGAAAGACUUGAAAGGAGACCAGGGUGAAGGGGAAGCAACAGAACAGGACUAUCCAGUUUUCCGUUGUACGAACAGUAAAGUCACUGUCCAGCCUAGCCCAUACCUGAGUUACCGACUGCCGAAAGAUUUUGUGGACCUUUCUACAGGAGAGGAUGUUCACAAAUUAAUUGACUUUCUUAAACUGAAAAGAAAUCAGCAAGAUGAUGACUGAGGUACCAAGAAGAAUUAUGUUGAAUUACAAGCAAGAAAUGUGGCAAAAGCUAUAUUUAGCAUAACUAUUAAGCUAUUGAUUUAAAGAAAACCUGCUUUUUAUAGUCAGUGAAAGAACUGAAGAGCUGUUCAUCCUCUGUGUCUGUUGGUUUAUAUAAAAGUGUAGAAAAGCUUUUUCAGGGAAACUUGAAAGGUCAGGGUGAGUUCUCACUAGAUUCCAGGUUAAAUACAAUUACACCAUGGUGCAAGCAAGCAACAAUCUGAGUACAACUGAACGACUGCUUUCCUAUCUCAUACUGUGAAGAUUGAUGCCAUUGAAGUAUGCCAUUGGACUCUUCAGUGAUAAAUAUGACAACAUUUAAUGCUUGUGCAGUUAAAACGUCAAGCAUUCUCUGAAUUUAGGCACAGUCUUGCUUACAAUAUAGUAUAGUCACAAGGAAAGAAAGGAAUGUACCUUUUUUUUCUGUAGUAACCUUUUAAAAUUGCAAAUUGACUUGUUUUGUGAGCACUUCUUAUCCUUCCUUUAUGUAAAAAAGAAGAGAAAAAAAAAGUGGAGAAGAGGUUUUUUUUUUUUCUUUGUUAUGAGGGCUAAUACUUCAUUUCAGAGAAUAGCUAUAUAAUUAUAGCAGACUACUUAAGGUUUGAACAUUUUGCAUUUCAGGAAUUUGAAAUUCUGAAUGCAUUUCAAGGAAAGUAAUAUUUUCACAGUAGCUAAGGUUAUGAAAUUUGUUAAACUUCACCAAAUUUCAUUUCAUUUUCAUAGUAAAGCUUUCUCGAAACUUACUUUUUAACAUGAUUACAUACUAGACAUCAUCUGUGGCUUUAACAGAAAUAGUUAAACAUAACAUCAACCUGUAAUUUUAUAUGUGGACUCAGUCUUGUUUCUUUUGUAUCACAUCUCUGAGUUUCUUAAGAAAAUAAUUACUCUUUCAGCUCUUAAAAUUCUGUAUUCAUUUGGUGGUUCUUCAUGUUUUUUGUGUAAAAGGAAGCUUGGCUAAAUCUGGGGAAACAGAAGCUCUUGUUACCGAUUGCUGUUACUUGGGAGGUGGGGGGUGGACAGUUUCAGAUGAAGAACCAGCUAACUUCUGGAUAUAAGUGCUUGCAUGGCAUCAGUAAUUUGUUAACAGUGUGCACAAUUCCUGUUGAAAUGAAAGGACAUUUGGAGGUGCUCAUAGCCCCUGGAAACUGGUUCCUAUUUCAAACCAGGUAUGUGAUACUUUGUGUAUGUAUAUAAAGCUGUUCAUGUUCCUUGC